GAGUCUCGCUCUGUCACCCAGGCUGGAGUGUUAGCCAGGAUUGUCUUGAUCUCCUGACCUCGUGAUCCGCCUGCCUCGGCCUUCCAAAGUGCUAGGAUUACAGGCGUGAGCCACCGCGCCCAGCCACAUUCAUAUUUCAGUUGCCAAUGAAACCAGAAUGAGCCAACUUCAUUUCUUAAAUUUUCAGUUUCUUUUCAUACGUAAGUUUUUGUCCAGCACUUUUUAUUAUUUAGUCUUCAUUAAAUACUAUGUUUCAAAAUCUAGAGUAACUUUUCUAAAACCACAGAUAUAAUAGCUUAUUUUACUAAAGGUAAAAUGUAUUUUGAAUUGUCUUUCUUUUGUGUACUAUUCUGUUUUUCAAUACCUCCCUGUUUAAUAUCUGUGAAUUUAAUUAAGAUAGUUUACUUCCUUUGUUAACUGGGCAGAAAGUUAAGGUGGGUAGAAAAGAAAGGCAAUGGACAAAAAUAAAGGAAGUAGAAACAUUAAAUCCUUUUGGAAAAAAUGCAAAUAAAUUAAAGAUAGAGAACGUAUUUGAGAUUCAGAAAGUACACAAGCAAUAGUAAAGAUUACAGCCUAGAUCUAUCCAAUAAUAGAAAUAUAUUAAAUAUCCGAAAAUACCUCAUAAAAAUAUGUGGCAAUUUCUUUGGAGGAAAAGAACAGGGCUAACUCUAAGGCUAAACAUAAACUAGGUAAGAUAUUGGUAUAAGGCUGAUUUACAAAUAGACAUACUAGUUAUUUCCUACUGGUUAAGAAAUUGAUUUCCAAAGAUAGGAGCUGAUCAAAUUUGGUAUUUGUUAAACGAUGAAGAUCUGUUCAAAGUAGCAUACUGAGGUUGCGUAGGACUGGGCUAGGCAGUAGAAUAGACCACAGGUUGUAUUUGCAGUACAGUUUUGUAGGUACAUACACCUAAAAGUCUAGAAAACAUUUAAUUGAGCGUUUGAUAGGUGUUAGACUGCAUUAAAUAUUGACCUUUAAAAGUGCUAAAGAAUUGUCAAAAAAGGAGGAGGUAAUUCUGCAGUAAGAAUAGUGAGCCUCACCUGGACUCCCAGGCAACAUACAGAGGGUGUGUGAACAUUUAGAGAUCAGUGAUAACCAAGAGCCGGUGAUAACCUGCCAGUCCAAUGUCCUGCAUUCAAGGGCUGACAGUGGUGAUUGGGACAGGAAUGUUGGAGGAUUGGGAUGCUAACACACUGGAGGUUUUCAAGCACAGGCUAUAUUAAGAUUUGUUGGGAUUGUUGCACUUGGUGUUCACACAGCAGACAGUAAGUAGAGUAGGUAUUCUGAUAGUCUUGUCUAACUGAGGGUCUAAGUUUAAAAGAAAACUGUUCUCAGGGAGGCCACCAUAGGUAGUACUUCAUUAUUAAGUAUUAUGGAACUACUUCAUUCUCAUUUCUAGAACAGCACAGAGCUUAGCAACUCAAAACCCACCUAUUUUACCUACCCAUCUAAUGAAUGACAUCUAAUAUUUCUUUCAGAACCGUUUUUAGGUAUUGCAUACCUCCUUCUUGAUUAGUAUACUAUACAUUAAUAUAGUGGUUCUCAAACUUAAGUGUGCAAACAAUCACUUGGAGGGUUUGUUAAAAUGGAUUGCUGCACAUUUUCUGAUUCAGAAGGUCUGAGGUGGCAUUUCUGAAUUCCAAGGAUGUUGCUGGGCUGAAUUCACUCUGAGAACUCUAGCUCCUGUGACUGGUCCAUCUUCCUUCUCCCAGGUAGCACACUGCCUAAGAGAUAAGCGUAAUGGAGGCCCCAGGACUACACCUAAUCAAGUUGGAUUGUUGUCAUUGCCUAGGUAAAUAGGCCUAUGCAAACUUACAAAGACAAUGCAUUGCCUGUAUCUUGUCACCUCUUUUAGUGGUCUUUUCUCUUGUUCCUGGGUUUCUAUCACAGCCACUUGCCAUCCUGAGUGUUGGUUUGAUCAUCCUUAGCACAGAAAAUAUUGAUCUCAAAGAUCAAUAUCCAAUGGUAUUCAAUGUGGGAUCACUCCUGGGAGAAUUUAACAAUACUGUUAAUUUCAAACCAUGAGAAGCUCCCUCUACAUGAAUGCACAGUUUGUAUACAUUUUAGUGUAAAAGACAAAAUAACACCCUUCUCCUUAAUUGUAUUAGAAAUGAGUUUUCAGUUUAUUGCUACUUUUUGAAACGAUAUAUAAUUAUAAUUAGCAUUCUGGGACAUUCUUGUCAUUUGACUUGUUGAAGGUGCUUGCAUUGUGGAUCACGUCCUGGAGUCUUUUGCACACAAACGAGGACAAAAGUGCAUUGAUUAGUGUUUUCUGUGGCACCCCCUCCUCCUCAUCAGUAUCCAACAGACUUAUAAUGGCAUAGGUAAGUAUAUGAGACAGUUGAUAAAGAAAAACGUAUGCAUAUACUGGUAGAAAUCUUACUUCAUAACCAGUAUUUCUACCCAAAUUCUCCACCCUUCUCAUAUGGUGCCCUUUAUUUCGUUUUGGAGUUUCAGAAUCUAUUUUAUCUGUGUGUGUGUGUGAGACAGUCAUAGUGAUUUAUAGCAUGCAACGAAAAAGAAAACAUUAAUAGUACCGCCCCGAUCUUCAAAGCUACCUGACCCCUGCCUGGUUUCUGCGCUGCUGGUUAAGGCUGUUUUUUCCACCGGUUAGGACGUACGGAACUAGUUUCUAGGCAUUUUCCUUUCCCUUUCCCCCUCCUUCCUCUCCAUCGCCUCCUGGUCCCCCUCUGGUCUCUCCGGCUUUCACAGCGCCAAGCACCCGCGUGCUCAGGUACCCUUCCCUCUUCUCCCGCCCAUCAAACAAAGCCCCGGGAGACAGGCGCGCGCCGCCGGCCACGCCAACAGGAGAUGCGGCCGCGCCGCCACACACUUGGAACCGGAGGAGGACAGCAAGCGCGACCACGCACCGCGCGUCCCCGCCGCUUCCUUCCCUCUGGACUCUUCCUUUUCCUCCCGGCCCGGCCCCCCACCCCCGCUCCAGGAACGCGCCUGCGCACAAGCUGCCCUCUCCCUUCUCCGCCCUUCCUUCCCUCCGUCCCUCCUCCCUUGCCCCGCCUUCCUUUCUCUCUCUCCCGUUUCACUCACUGAGAGCUCCAGGUAGUGAGCAGUUCAGUCGAUUUCCUCGUUACCCCGCCCCCCUUUCUCUUGCCCCCACCCCUCUCAUCUGCCUGGUGGAGGAUGAAGCGGCUGCAGUGGCCCCAGCCUCAGCAGCGGCACCGGCGGUGGCUGCGGUGUGGGUGGCCGGAACUGGGGUGGUGAAGAAGCGGUGGUGGCGGCUGAAGGAGCGGUAGCAGCCUCAGCCUCUUUCCCUGUGCUUCUUUUCCUCUUUAGUGCAGCGAGGAAGUUUUCGCUUCUGUACAUGUGUUUGUGUGCGUGAGUGUGGGUGUGUGCGGUGAGGUUUGGGUGGCGUUUGUGCAGGCGUUGGGUUUUUUGCCCACUUGGCUUCCCGUAACCCAGGCAGCUCCGGAGCCUGGGCUGUGGCCCUAGGAGGGGGCGCGGCGGCGGGCUCUCUCCUUUUGUUGUUGUUUCCUCAGCCUGGGGAGCUGAAGGGGAGACGCGUCUGGGUGGGGCGGCUCGGAGCCCGGGCCUGGUGGCCCCUGGGGCUCCCGGGCGGGCAGGGUAGGGCAGAGUAGAGCGGGCUUCAACAUGAUGGCGGCCGAGGCCGGCAGUGAGGAGGGCGGCCCGGUAACAGCCGGAGCUGGAGGAGGCGGCGCGGCAGCGGGCUCCAGUGCCUAUCCCGCAGUGUGUCGGGUGAAGAUACCCGCGGCCCUGCCUGUGGCAGCCGCCCCCUAUCCUGGGCUGGUGGAGACCGGAGUCGCUGGAACUCUGGGUGGCGGAGCCGCUUUGGGGUCAGGGUUCCUAGGAGCCGGGUCUGUGGCAGGGGCACUGGGGGGAGCCGGACUGACAGGGGGAGGUACUGCUGCUGGCGUAGCUGGUGCUGCUGCUGGCGUGGCCGGUGCUGCUGUCGCUGGACCUAGUGGAGACAUGGCUCUCACCAAACUGCCCACUUCGUUGCCUGCUGAGACUCUCGGGCCGGGCGGCGGUUUUCCCCCUCUGCCCCCUCCCCCUUACCUGCCCCCUUUGGGGGCGGGCCUGGGGACAGUGGACGAAGGUGACUCUCUGGAUGGACCAGAAUACGAGGAGGAAGAGGUGGCCAUACCGUUGACCGCUCCUCCAACUAACCAGUGGUAUCACGGAAAACUUGACAGAACGAUAGCAGAAGAACGCCUCAGGCAGGCAGGGAAGUCUGGCAGUUAUCUUAUAAGAGAGAGUGAUCGGAGGCCAGGGUCCUUUGUACUUUCAUUUCUUAGCCAGAUGAAUGUUGUCAACCAUUUUAGGAUUAUUGCUAUGUGUGGAGAUUACUACAUUGGUGGAAGACGUUUUUCUUCACUGUCAGACCUAAUAGGUUAUUACAGUCAUGUUUCUUGUUUGCUUAAAGGAGAAAAAUUACUUUACCCAGUUGCACCACCAGAGGCAAUAGAAGAUAGAAGGCGUGUACGAGCUAUUCUACCUUACACAAAAGUACCAGACACUGAUGAAAUAAGUUUCUUAAAAGGAGAUAUGUUCAUUGUUCAUAAUGAAUUAGAAGAUGGAUGGAUGUGGGUUACAAAUUUAAGAACAGAUGAACAAGGCCUUAUUGUUGAAGACCUAGUAGAAGAGGUGGGCCGGGAAGAAGAUCCACAUGAAGGAAAAAUAUGGUUCCAUGGGAAGAUUUCCAAACAGGAAGCUUAUAAUUUACUAAUGACAGUUGGUCAAGUCUGCAGUUUUCUUGUGAGGCCCUCAGAUAAUACUCCUGGUGAUUAUUCACUUUAUUUCCGGACCAAUGAAAAUAUUCAGCGAUUUAAAAUAUGUCCAACGCCAAACAAUCAGUUUAUGAUGGGAGGCCGGUAUUAUAACAGCAUUGGGGACAUCAUAGAUCACUAUCGAAAAGAACAGAUUGUUGAAGGAUAUUAUCUUAAGGAACCUGUACCAAUGCAGGAUCAAGAACAAGUACUCAAUGACACAGUGGAUGGCAAGGAAAUCUAUAAUACCAUCCGUCGUAAAACAAAGGAUGCCUUUUAUAAAAACAUUGUUAAGAAAGGUUAUCUUCUGAAAAAGGGCAAAGGAAAACGUUGGAAAAAUUUAUAUUUUAUCUUAGAGGGUAGUGAUGCCCAACUUAUUUAUUUUGAAAGCGAAAAACGAGCUACCAAACCAAAAGGAUUAAUAGAUCUCAGUGUAUGUUCUGUCUAUGUCGUUCAUGAUAGUCUCUUUGGCAGGCCAAACUGUUUUCAGAUAGUAGUUCAGCACUUUAGUGAAGAACAUUACAUCUUUUACUUUGCAGGAGAAACUCCAGAGCAAGCAGAGGAUUGGAUGAAAGGUCUGCAGGCAUUUUGCAAUUUACGGAAAAGUAGUCCAGGGACAUCCAAUAAACGCCUUCGUCAGGUCAGCAGCCUUGUUUUACAUAUUGAAGAAGCCCAUAAACUCCCAGUAAAACAUUUUACUAAUCCAUAUUGUAACAUCUACCUGAAUAGUGUCCAAGUAGCAAAAACUCAUGCAAGGGAAGGGCAAAACCCAGUAUGGUCAGAAGAGUUUGUCUUUGAUGAUCUUCCUCCUGACAUCAAUAGAUUUGAAAUAACUCUUAGUAAUAAAACAAAGAAAAGCAAAGAUCCUGAUAUCUUAUUUAUGCGCUGCCAGUUGAGCCGAUUACAGAAAGGGCAUGCCACAGAUGAAUGGUUUCUGCUCAGCUCCCAUAUACCAUUAAAAGGUAUUGAACCAGGGUCCCUGCGUGUUCGAGCACGAUACUCUAUGGAAAAAAUCAUGCCAGAAGAAGAGUACAGUGAAUUUAAAGAGCUUAUACUGCAAAAGGAACUUCAUGUAGUCUAUGCUUUAUCACAUGUAUGUGGACAAGACCGAACACUACUGGCCAGCAUCCUACUGAGGAUUUUUCUUCACGAAAAGCUUGAAUCGUUGUUGUUAUGCACACUAAAUGACAGAGAAAUAAGCAUGGAAGAUGAAGCCACUACCCUAUUUCGAGCCACAACACUUGCAAGCACCUUGAUGGAGCAGUAUAUGAAAGCCACUGCUACACAGUUUGUUCAUCAUGCUUUGAAAGACUCUAUUUUAAAGAUAAUGGAAAGCAAGCAGUCUUGUGAGUUAAGUCCAUCAAAGUUAGAAAAAAAUGAAGAUGUGAACACUAAUUUAGCACACCUAUUGAACAUACUUUCAGAGCUUGUGGAGAAAAUAUUCAUGGCUUCAGAAAUACUUCCACCGACAUUGAGAUAUAUUUAUGGGUGUUUACAGAAAUCUGUUCAGCAUAAGUGGCCUACAAAUACCACCAUGAGAACAAGAGUUGUUAGUGGUUUUGUUUUUCUUCGACUCAUCUGUCCUGCCAUCCUGAAUCCACGGAUGUUCAAUAUCAUCUCAGAUUCUCCAUCUCCUAUUGCUGCAAGAACACUGAUAUUAGUGGCUAAAUCUGUGCAGAACUUAGCAAAUCUUGUGGAAUUUGGAGCUAAGGAGCCCUACAUGGAAGGUGUCAAUCCAUUCAUCAAAAGCAACAAACAUCGUAUGAUCAUGUUUUUAGAUGAACUUGGGAAUGUACCUGAACUUCCGGACACUACAGAGCAUUCUAGAACGGACCUGUCCCGUGAUUUAGCAGCAUUGCAUGAGAUUUGCGUGGCUCAUUCAGAUGAACUUCGAACGCUCAGUAAUGAGCGUGGUGCCCAGCAGCACGUAUUGAAAAAGCUUCUGGCUAUAACGGAACUGCUUCAACAAAAACAAAACCAGUAUACAAAAACCAAUGAUGUCAGGUAGCAGCCUUCGCCCCAGUGUUCUGCAUGGAUUCAGCAUGCCCAACAUGGUAAUUCACUUCAGUUUAAUGUCUCCUUUGCUCUUGCCAAAAAAUAGCACACUUUUCCACAUUCCAGUGAUGUGUGAGCUAUGCAAACAAAAUCCAAGAUUCUGCUGGUGAAUAACUAUGCCAGCAACCUUGUAAGCUAUCUGUGCAGGAUAUUUGCACUAUUUCCACAUGGAAUCAGUCUUUAACCACCUCUGAGCCUUGGUGUACAGAUCAACAGAUCACCUUUCACAAAACGAAAUGCUAUGACUGUAUCUUGAUAUCUUGAACUUUCAAAAUAUAUUUUCAGUACACCCAGUUGCCAAAGUUUUGCUGUCUCUUAGAGAAAGAACUAUGAAAUCAACUGACAAGAAACACAUUCUCUUAUUGACAAUUGUGUAUAACUGGAUUGCAGACUGUUCUUACUGUAACUACUUCCUGAUUAGGAAUAUGACCAUUUGACUGUUCAAUGAUUAUUUGUAUUUACAGUUUCCAGAGUUUGUCAUUAUAAUAGGAACAAUCUUUGCUGUAUACUUUUAAAAAAUACUCUGCUAUUUCUCUUGCUGGAACUGUUGAAAGAAAAUAUAUAGAAUGAUCUAUUGCUCAUCAGCUUUAUUUUUUAAACAUACUACUUAUUUUGUUGAAAUUGUCAAAGACUGUAUUUAGAUCUCAUAAUGCUUUGUUAAAUGUUUACAAGUAAAUAGUUUGAAUUCAGUAAAUAUUAUUGGUUGUUGUAUUGAUCAACGCAUGUUACCCAUUCAACCAUUUUAUAGACUACCAAUUUCUUUUAUGUUAACUAGAAUGCUUUUGUUAAAAGUUAUUUGUUCAUUAUUUGUGCUACCCCUUUGAUUAUGCAGACAACCUCAUCAGCUGCCUAACUUAUCCAUCUUUGAACUUCUGACUACUUGUUGUAUCUGCUGGAUAUUUAGUUCAACUGUAUAGUUUUAUUUACUUCUGUAUGUGUAUUUUUGUGAAGUAUUCACAAAGGUUAAGUUAAAAUAAAACCAAGGGAUAUCUUGCA